AUGCACCCGUUUGGAAGCAGAGAGUCGACUCCUGCGCUCUCGCCAGCAAGCACCUCAGACUCACUACACACUGCGUCGUCGCCGCCUUCAACGCCGCUAUCGUUGCUCGCUGGGGCCGAGCUCCAAUUCCGCACCUCGACCAAAGGCUUGAUCAUUCCCCGCCCCAACUGGACACCCAUGGACCCAGCAAAGCGCAAGAAAUCGCACGCAAAGCGUAAACCAGAAGGCCACAUCGCUCGAAGCCGCAACGCCUUCAUCCUUUUCCGCUGCGAGGUCGUCCAGCAGAAGAUUUUCGAGGCCGCCGUUCGCACCAACACUGUCAAUGACGUGCUCCAAUAUUUCACGGACAAGAACGGAAACCCGGCACCGCCGCCCAAAUACAAGUUCGUCAAUGGGAGGUGUAUCAUCGACCACAGCCAGUUAUCGUGCUUCGUCUCAGGGCUCUGGAGAUCGCUCGAGCCGGCCGAACGUCGUCCAUGGAUCGACCUCGCCGAGAGGGAACGCCAACUCCACCAACGAGAAUACCCAGGGUAUCGACACAUAGUCGUAAAUCCACGGUCAAAAAAGAGCAAACGGGGCGCUGAACGUGCGAAGGAGGCGCUGGAUCGAUGGUGGCCGUCGACCCGUCCCGACAUCGAUCGUCCAAGUUCAUGCCCACCCGGGAAGGAACGCAUUCCAUCGUCGGUCGCGGACAGUCUGCAAGUCGGAUUUGGCGGGCACCUCACCACUCGCGACGAUCUCUCUGGCUUUCGGCGACCAACACGCGUUACGCUCUACCAAGCCGUCACCGAAGAAGAGCGACUUUUUGAGCCCAUCCGCGCGGCUGCGGUUCUGCAUCCCGACAAGAGGAUCGCCAUGUAUAACGCCCACCGGCUGUUUGGCUAUCUAGCAGAUGACAAGCGUUCGAGAACUGUGGAGAAGGUGCCGUACUCGGCGAGGUUUGGGGAGGAGGUUAGAGGGCAGGGCUGGAAUUCAGACUCAGAGAUGGCGGAUGGGGAUGGAAUGUCGGAUUCGAGUGAUGAGAAUCCUGUCAGCUGGGGUGAUUGGCAGGACACGUUUGGAGGGAAACCCAGAUCACCAAAGAUAGUUGACAUUCCGCUCGAAUCACAGAGCACGCUUCCUCCCCUUCCUCAAGUACCGCCCUCAUUUACGGACCGGGACACCUACGGUCAGGGUGCACCCUCGUUCAGCGUACCUUCAUUCAACACAUCCUCAUUCGACACGCCCUCAUUCGAUGUCCCCUCGUUCGACCACUUUUCUUUCCAGCAAGCCGACCACGUUGCUGCACCCGCACCGGUUCAGUGGUCGCCAAAUUUUUCGUUGGGCAAUUUCUCGAUGGGCGAUUUCUCGGCGCGCAGUAUGGAAGACGACAUGUGGGCCCCCAAUCGACGGAACUCCUUUGCCACCAUGGCCAUGGACUUUGCCCACACGCUCCCUGAGCUCUAG